ACUCUAAAAAUGAAUGUAUCAAAGAGGAAAUAACCUCCUUGGCAUGCUUACAGCUACACAACAAAUUAGUUUCAUUACUUUCAAGUGCCAGUGCUGGAGGCUCAGAAUAAGUCAAUGGGAAGAGGACUUCAGUCACAGCAGCAAGCAGGACUACUAAGCAGAUAAGGGAAACAAGCAAAUAAGAGGUAAGUAUUUAACAAAUAAAUAGUUAAUCUAAAGGUAUUUUUUCUUUCUUCAAAAACUCUGCUAUCAUAAUCUUUCAUUUCUAUUCAGUGGUUUGAAAAAACCAAAAUGAAAAAUUUACCAAUGUUAAAGGGGAAAUUUUUAAUACGGGAUUUAUAGAGUUUAUGAAUAAAUGGUUUAAUCUUCCUCUUAGAGACCCCUCCUUCCCAAGGAAACUGAGAAAGUUAAAGAAAAAAAAUUGAUACACAAACAAAAAACUGGUUCACAUCCGGCAUAUAGUGAUAAAUUUGGAAAUAUCUGUUGUAGAAACAUGCUUUUUACUAAAAACAAUUAUUUGGAUCCUAGUAAUACCUAUUUUUUUUUCCUUCUUUCAUACUAAAGGCAUCCUAUAAUGGAUAUUUUCUUUUGACAAAGCAAUAGCAUCCUAUAAGAUAAACCUCGUCAAACAAAACACAACUACAAAUAAGGGUUGCUAGCUGGUAAACCAUUUGUUCAGAUCUUAGGUGGGCUGGGAGUGUUUCUAGGUGUGUGGCCAGUGUGUACUAAAAAGUCCUAUGCAGAACUAUUUAGCACUUUGAUGUUUCUAGUCCUCUGUACAUAUUCUAAAGUAAAGGUAAAAAGAUAUUCAAGGGCCAAAAAACACCUCGCUUUUUAUUAUAAUCACUGAAAAAAUUAAUGUGUCUGUUUCAUUAAUUGAGAUAUAUCAGGAAUAUGUUUGUGGGAACUGGCUGCACUGUCACAAAGGCAGAAGAAAUCCAUUGAGAAAAGAGAGACUACUAAUUUCAAUUGUUUUUUUAAAUUGUUUUUUGAAAAUAAAUAAAACAAUGCAAUCCACGUAUUUCAUAUCAAGGGGAAUUCUCUGGCAUUCAAAUUCAGACACAACUCUACCACUAUAAAAAAAAAGAGAAACUAAUAAAAUAGUCCUUUUUUACAGCUAUUGGAUUCUUUCGCUAAUCAUCUGAAAUCUGAGCCUCUGCAGAAUAUACAACACUGGUCCUUACCUACAGACAUGGACAGAUGCAUGUACGCUCUCAUUUCAGAGAACCUGAGACUUUUUUUAAAAGGAAAGAGUCAACUUUGGCUUUGAGUAUUUGGCAUGGGUACAAUGCCUUAAAAAAGCAGAUGACCAACUUAGCUACUGAUCAUGCUGACCAAUGUCCAGAAUCGGAUCAAAUCACUGAAAAACGGCGAAUGGCUUUCUCCUAUAGAGUAUCCGAACAAAGCACAAUUCCUGAGCACACUUUGCAGAGCUCAUUUGAUCACUUAAUCUCUUCUAACUGGUCUGGAUUACAGACAGGAUCGAUACGAGAGGAAAUGAAACAGACUGGCGAGGAACAGGGGAAUAAACCGCGCUGGGCAGCUCUUCUGAUACUCAUGGUGAUAAUACCCACAAUUGGUGGAAACAUCCUUGUUAUUCUAGCUGUUUCACUGGAGAAAAAGCUGCAGUAUGCUACCAAUUAUUUUCUAAUGUCCCUGGCAGUGGCCGAUUUGCUGGUUGGAUUGUUUGUGAUGCCGAUUGCCCUCUUGACAAUAAUGUUUGAAGCUAUGUGGCCCCUCCCACUUGUUCUAUGCCCUGCCUGGUUAUUUCUUGAUGUUCUUUUUUCUACUGCAUCCAUUAUGCAUCUCUGCGCCAUUUCAGUGGAUCGUUACAUAGCCAUCAAAAAGCCAAUCCAGGCCAAUCAAUGUAAUUCACGAGCUACAGCAUUCAUCAAGAUUACAGUGGUGUGGUUAAUUUCAAUAGGCAUUGCUGUUCCAGUCCCUAUUAAAGGGAUAAGAACUGACGUGGGAAACUCAAAUAACGUCACUUGUGGGCUGACCAAGGAACGUUUUGGCAAUUUCAUGUUCUUUGGCUCACUAGCUUCCUUCUUUAUACCUCUGGCAAUCAUGAUUGUCACCUACUUUCUCACCAUCCAUACUUUACAAAAGAAAGCUUACUUGGUCAAAAACAAGCCACCUCAACGCCUAACAUGGCUGACUGUGUCCACAGUAUUCCAAAGGGAUGAAACACUUUGCUCAUCACCUGAAAAGGUGGCAAUGCUGGACGGUUCUCACAAGGACAAAACUCUGCCCAACUCAAACGAUGACAUACUUAUGCGAAGAAUGUCUACAGUAGGAAGAAAGUCACUGCAGACCAUUUCCAACGAACAGAGAGCCUCCAAGGUUCUAGGGAUUGUGUUUUUCCUCUUUUUGCUGAUGUGGUGCCCCUUUUUUAUUACAAAUAUAACUUUAGUUUUAUGUGAUUCCUGCAACCAGACUACUCUCACAAUGCUCCUGGAGAUAUUCGUGUGGAUAGGCUACGUUUCCUCAGGGGUGAAUCCUCUGGUCUACACUCUCUUCAACAAGACAUUCAGGGACGCAUUUGGCCGAUACAUCACCUGUAAUUACCGGGCCACGAGAUCAGUAAAAACUCUUCAAAAAUGCUCCAGUAAUAUCUACUUCCGGAAUCAAAUGGCAGAGAACUCUAAGUUUUUCAUAAAACAUGGAAUGAGAAAUGGGAUUAAUCCUGCCAUAUACCAGAGCCCAAUGAGGCUUCGAAGUUCAACCAUGCAGUCUUCUUCAAUCAUUCUACUAGAUACACUCCUUCUUACCGAAAAUGAAGGCGACAAAACUGAAGAGCAAGUCAGUUAUGUAUAGAAGGAAUGGCACAGUUUUCAUUAACUAAUAUAAAGAUGGAUAAGAUGAUGAAGAUAUAAAUGUAUCAAGAAUUAUAUAAAGAACUUACAUAUCAAAUCAUCUCUUUAAGAGUUAUGUAUUAAGAUUGCCCAAUUUUGUUUAUUUGUACAAAAUUACUCAAUGAAAAAAGUCAUUUUGUACAGCUACAAAUUAAAACAAUCCAGCACUGUGGUUAAAUGUUAAGGUAGUCAAAUGAAAUAAAAUUAUGAACUUUAGGCUU